GGAGCGCGAAGCCGCGGCGUUUGAGCCUGCGGGCGGACCGUAGCGCCGGCCGGAAGCGACAGUGAGGGCUGGUGACCGCCGCAGUGGCCGGGGAGGCCGCGAGACGUAGUCUGUCUGUCUCCUCCUGACAGCCCCCCAGCGCGAAGGGCGUCGCCAUGUCGUCGGUGAGCCCCAUCCAGAUCCCCAGCCGCCUCCCGCUGCUGCUCACCCACGAGGGCGUGCUGCUGCCCGGCUCCACCAUGCGCACUAGCGUGGACUCGGCCCGCAACCUGCAGCUGGUGCGGAGCCGCCUGCUCAAGGGCACGUCGCUGCAGAGCACCAUCCUGGGCGUCAUCCCCAACACGCCGGACCCGGCCAGCGACGCUCAGGACCUGCCGCCGCUGCACAGGAUUGGAACAGCCGCUCUGGCAGUUCAGGUUGUGGGCAGUAACUGGCCCAAACCCCACUACACUUUGUUGAUCACAGGCCUGUGCCGUUUCCAGAUUGUACAGGUCUUAAAAGAGAAGCCAUAUCCCAUUGCUGAAGUGGAACAGCUGGACCGGCUUGAAGAAUUUCCCAGCACCUGCAAAACGAGGGAGGAGCUGGGAGAGCUGUCAGAACAGUUUUACAAAUAUGCAGUGCAAUUGGUUGAAAUGUUGGAUAUGUCUGUCCCUGCGGUUGCUAAACUGAGACGUCUUUUAGAUAGUCUUCCAAGGGAAGCUUUGCCAGACAUUUUGACAUCAAUUAUCCGAACAAGCAACAAAGAGAAGCUCCAGAUUUUAGAUGCUGUGAGCCUGGAGGAACGGUUCAAGAUGACUAUACCACUGCUUGUCAGACAAAUUGAAGGCCUGAAGUUGCUCCAGAAAACCAGAAAACCCAAGCAGGAUGAUGAGAAGCGGGUCAUAGCAAUACGCCCUAUCAGGAGAGUUACACACAUCCCAGGCACUUUAGAAGAUGAGGAUGAAGAUGAAGAUAAUGAUGACACCAUCAUGCUAGAGAAGAAAAUACGGACGUCCAGCAUGCCAGAGCAGGCUCACAGAGUCUGUGUCAAAGAGCUGAAAAGACUAAAAAAAAUGCCUCAGUCAAUGCCCGAAUAUGCUCUGACUAGGAAUUAUUUGGAACUUAUGGUGGAACUUCCUUGGAACAAAAGCACAACUGACCGCCUGGAUAUUCGGGCAGCCCGGAUUCUUCUGGAUAAUGACCAUUAUGCCAUGGAAAAAUUGAAGAAAAGAGUGCUGGAGUACUUGGCUGUCCGACAGCUGAAGAAUAACCUGAAGGGCCCGAUUCUCUGCUUUGUCGGCCCUCCUGGAGUUGGUAAGACAAGUGUGGGCAGAUCAGUGGCCAAGACGCUGGGUCGUGAGUUCCACAGGAUCGCGCUGGGAGGAGUCUGUGACCAGUCUGACAUCCGCGGACACAGGCGCACCUACGUGGGCAGCAUGCCCGGUCGGAUAAUCAAUGGUCUGAAGACUGUCGGGGUCAACAACCCAGUGUUCCUGUUAGAUGAGGUUGACAAACUGGGGAAAAGUCUACAAGGCGACCCUGCCGCAGCUCUGCUUGAGGUGGUUGUGAGGCAGUUGGUUCUCCAAGAUACUGUGAAAUUUGGAGAAGGAGAGGAGAGUGAGGCAAGUUAAAUCCCACAAGGCUUGCUCUGUUCAUCAAGAUUCAGCUGUUUUUCCUGAAUAAGCAUUCCUCAGACUGCUGCAAGUUAAUACGUCACAUUUGGGAAAAGUUGAUGUUGACAAUUUUUGCCAAACUCACUGCUUUUCAGAAAGAGCGGAUUUUCAGAGUUCUUUAUUCUGCCCUCCUAGAAGUGCUUCCUCCCACAUUAAAUGAUUUCAGUGCUACCU